CCCUGGAUCAAAAGUCCAAAACUCGGCCCCUGGCACUUAGCGAACCGGUAUAUAAGGUUGUGUGGUCGCGCUACGGGGCAUCUCCUCUCCAGACACCAACAGUCGAACAUGAUGAGGCAGGCCGUUCUGGUGCUGGCGCUCGCUGCCUGCGUGUUGGCUGCUGAGCUGCCAGUCCGCCGUAUUCCACACAGCGGACCCCACAGGAAGUUUGGCCUGAAGCACGGUCGCAUCACCGGUGGCUCAGAUGCCUCCCUAGGCCAGUUCCCGUACCAGGUGUCGCUGCAGUGGGUGCAGCUGGGGCUGGCGUCCCACACGUGUGGCGGCUCCAUCGUGAGCGCCAGCGCCGUCGUCACCGCAGGCCACUGCGCCGACCCCGCCUUCAUCGGACACUACGAGGCCGUGGCUGGUAUCAACUCCCUGAACUCCAACGGCCAGAGGGUGCAAGUAUCCCAGCAGGUAGUGCACCCAGACUACGCGGAAGUUGAUAAUGUCGCCAUCAACGACAUCGCCGUCUUCCUGCUGCAGUCCAGCUUUUCUCUGAGCGGCAACGUGCAGGCCAUCUCGCUGCCCACCGCUGGAUCCGUCCCCAGUGCUGGUUCGACGGCGACUCUGUCCGGCUGGGGCAGCGUCAGCACGGGUAUCAUACCCAACUACCCCGACAUCCUGCAGUGGGUCGACGUCAGCAUCAUCGGCAACACCCAGUGCGCGCUGCUGCUGGGCAACAGCCCGCUCAACGAUGAGAACAUCUGCACCGGCCCCGUCAACGACGGCAUCUCCGCCUGCUCGGGAGACUCCGGCGGACCGCUGGCCCAGGACGGAGCCCUCAUCGGAGUCGUGUCUUGGGGCAUCGUGCCCUGCGGCUCUGCUGGAGCGCCUUCCGUCUUCACCAGGGUAUCCGCUUUCUUGGACUUUGUCAACCAGUACGCCUGAAUACGUCGUGCUGCAAUUGUAAUCUGAUCUGAGACUCGAGUAAUAAAAACACUCUAAAAAUUUA